UGUGUGUGUGUGUGAGAGUGACUGACAGGUUUAUCAAGCUCGGAGGAGAACAACGACGGGACGCGCAGGGAAAAAAAGUCCACGCUGAAGACUCGUCUGUGGACUUUAAACGGAUGGUGACUUGACAGCCAUGCCUGGCACAGGAGUGUGUUGUUCCAGGCUGGAGGAGCCGAAGGCCCUGAUGAAGAUGGGCCUGUGCAUGGUCCUCAUCGGCCACGUCAACUUCCUGUUGGGAGCUCUGGUGCACGGCGUGGUGCUCAGACACAUCAACCUCCACAAGCAGGCGCGGGCCAUGGAGUAUGCCAUCUCCAAUGUAGUGGCUCUCACCUCUGGCCUGGUGGGAAUAGUUGUGGGCAUCGUGGCCAUUGUUCUGUCCAAAAACAAGAGGAGCAGAAUUCUGACGUGGACGCUUUUCAUCGUCAGUUUGGUCGCAUCGCUCGUGGCGGCAGCUUCAGCCAUUGGACUCGGCGUGUCUGUGGUGAGGGCCAUCAUGCACGGUGGGCGGAGCCUCCUGACUCACUGCCGCUUCCCCGACGCCAUUGGCUACUCCAGCAUCACCAACGAGUGUCCUUUUGACCCCACCCGUAUCUAUAGCACCACUCUGAUCCUGUGGCUGCCUCUGAUCGUGACCUGCGUCGUCCAGAUGGUGUUUUGUGCCCAGUGCUUUGCUGUGUGCGUCAGAUUCCUCGGUCUGUCCUGCUGCACUAACAGGAAAACACCCAAAGACUACGGCAGAGCGAUCAACGUGGUCCGGCCUAUUGAGAGCGCUGCCCCCUCUCGCUAUUCUGAACCGCCGAGACGCAGCAACGCACCCCCGACACGCUACGCUGAACCUCCGCAACGAAGCGCCGCGCCUCCGAGGCAGCAGCAGCAGCAGCAGCAGCAGCGGCAGCAGCAGCAGAGACCUCUUCCCCCUCCACAGCAUCCUCCACGUCUGUACCAGAGUCUCCCGCCCGCUGAGAGACGGCCUCUUCACCCGCCGCACAGGGAGAGGUCCGGCGGAGACUCGAGGUCCGGCGGAGACUCGAGGUCCGGCGGAGACUCGAGGUCCGGCAGAGACUCGAGGUCCGGCAGAGACUCGAGGUCCGGCAGAGACUCGAGGCCCAGCAGCCAGCAGAGUGCACCGGAGCAACAUCAGCUGCUGGAGAGAGGUACGCUGGAGAGGUCCAGCUUCUGGAUUUAGCCGGAACGUCUGAAGGACAACAGCGUGUGUGAACCGGAUGUAUAAGAUUUACAGUGAGUGUGUGUGUGUGUGUGUGUGAAACCAGUGAUGUGAAUGUGUGCGUGCGUGUCUGUUUUUGUGGUUUCAUGCUCACAACAGAAAGUUGAGGCCAAUCCUCACUUGUGAGCAUGCAGCUCUAGCUGUUGAUUGAGUAAAAAGCUUUAUGAGUAAUUGGCUGUAGUUAGGCCCUGGUUUAUUUGAUUGCUGAUGAUUGCUAUUUGAUUGAACCUAAUUGAUCAGUAGAUAUGAAAGUGUUACCACAACAGCACAGAAUCCACCGUUUUUUUCUCCUCUGAACCUCACGUUUGCAUUUUUUAGUGUGUUUAUCGUCUAGUUUCACGUGAAACUAGUGCUCCAAGAUUUUGUAUUUAUUGCCAUAGUAAAUAAAAGUUUUUAUUCAAAAAA